AUGGAGAAGCACGAGGCUGAGACUGCUAAGUCUACCUUUGAGAAGACUGAUGAGGAGGUGGAUGUUGGCAUCGGAAAUACCGAAUUAGAGGCGGAGGUUACCGAGGAUAAGAAUGAGGAGUACAGCUAUGAAUCAGAACGGUCCCCAUUCCCUGAAGUCAGGGCUGUUGUCCCCGAGACCGAUGAUCCCACCAUGCCUGUCAAUACUGUGCGCAUGUGGGUGUUGGGGAUUGUAUUCACCAUCCUGGGCUCCGGCAUUAACCAGUUUUUCUCUCUACGAUAUCCAUCGGUACAUAUUGUCGCAUUAGUCGCGGAAUUACUCGCAUAUCCACUCGGGGUGUUUCUUGCAAAGACACUCCCACUUUCAACCAUUAGUCUCGGGCGUCUAGGCUCCUUCACAAUUAACCCAGAUCGCCAAUUCAACAUCAAAGAGCAUGCGCUCAUCGUGAUCAUGAGCAAUGUCUCCUUCGGUUAUGCUACUGCCGAUGCUACCAACAUCAUCCAAGCUGCGAGCAAGUCUUUCUACAACUUCCACCUGAAGCCUGGCUUCUACGUGAUGAUCGUGUUGUGUGCUCAGCUCCUGGGUUUCGGCGUGGCCGGGCUCUCGGCACCUUGGUUAGUUGAGCCAGCGCGGAUUAUCUGGCCAGGUGUGUUAUCCAACUGUGCUAUGCUGGAGACGCUUCAUUCUCGAGCUAACUCAAUCGCCGAUGGUUGGCGAAUCUCUCGUCUGCGCUUCUUUUUAUAUGUGAUGGGAGGCGCAUUUGUCUGGUACUGGUUCCCGGGUCUGAUUUUCACCGCGCUCUCAUAUUUCACUUGGGUCUGCUGGAUUGCACCGAAGAAUAUCGUGGUGAAUCAACUGUUCGGCAUGCAAACAGGACUCGGUCUAAGUCCAAUUACCUUUGACUGGAGCCAGAUUGCGUAUAACACGAACCCGCUGUUAUCGCCAUCAUGGGCAGCAAUCAACGUCUUCUUCGGUUUCGCAUUCUUCUUCUGGAUCAUCACUCCAAUUCUCUAUUACACGAAUACAUGGUUCACGGCUUAUCUUCCCAUGAUGACGAGCGAUCUAUACGACAACACCGGCGCCGUCUAUGACACGAUUCGAGUCGUGGGAGCAGACAAUACUCUCGACGUUGCAGCAUACCGCAAAUACUCACCCCCAUAUCUGGGCGCCACCUUUGCUUUCGUUUACGGCCUUUCAUUCGCUUCCAUCGCCUCUGUCCUCUCUCAUAUUGGCAUCUGGCAUGCUCGUGACCUGUGGGCCGCCAUGAAAGGUCGUAACAGGCUCGACAUCCACGCUCGUCUGAUCCGUGCCUCGUACCGCAAGACACCCUGGUAUUGGUAUGCCAGCAUCAUCGUGAUCAUCAUGGCAAUGGCUAUUGCCAUGGUAGAGGUCUACGAUACCAAGCUCCCCGUGUACGGAGUAUUUCUGGCUUUGAUCAUCCCCUUUUUGUACAUGGUUCCUUGCGGUAUCGUCCAGGGCAUUACGAAUGUGGACGCGAAUCAACUUAACGUGCUUUCUGAGUUCAUCGGCGGAUACAUGUUCGAAGGUAAACCGCUGGCAAACAUGAUCUUCAAGAUUUUGUCGACGGAUGUGGUCGGCCAGGGCGUUUAUUUCGCCAUGGACAUGAAACUCGCCCAUUACCUCAAAGUACCCCCACGGACUACCUUUGUCGCACAGGGGGUUGCCACAAUCCUGGGUGCACUGACGCAGGCAGGCGUGACUCUGUGGAUGCUGGGCAAUAUCGAUGGUAUUUGCGAGUCGGAUCAAGCAGAUGGCUUUUCUUGUCCCAAUGGCCGAACUGUAUACUCAUCGUCCGUGAUUUGGGGUCUGGUUGGACCACGCAGACUCUACUCGGCUGGCGAGAUAUACUCACCUCUGCUACACUUCUUCUGGAUCGGUGCUAUUGCCCCAGUCGUGACAUGGGCCUUGUAUCGGUAUACCAGGAAGCGCUUCUGGAAGUUGAUCAAUUGGCCUCUGAUCUUUGUGGGCACAUACAACGUCCCUCCCGCAACUGGUAUCAACUAUUCCAGCUGGGCGUUGGUCAACUUUGUUUUCAAUCACAUCCUGAAACGCCGCUUCUUCGCUUGGUGGACCAAGUACAAUUAUGUCCUAGCUGCUGCACUAGACACGGGUCUCGCGCUUAGUGGCAUCGUCAUUUUCUUCUGCAUCUCGUAUCCUGGGGCAUCUUUCCCGGACUGGUGGGGGAACACGGUUUACUUGAACACUGCAGAUGGUCAGGGUCUCGCAUAUAAAGCUAUGCCGGAGGCAGGAUUCUUUGGACCUGCUAAUGGAACGUGGACCUAA